UUUUUGCCGUUGCCGGGUAGGCUACCGGGCGUCGGUAGAUGAUUUUCUUAGUCUGUCUAUGGUUGUCGGCUAAUGCGCGUCGGGCGGGCUCGUAGUGAAAAAACGCGCGGGAAAAUUUUGUUUCAAAUUUAUUCGUGAUUUUUAUUCUGUGAAGUGUUUUAAAUUGUGUGCCUUUGGAUUAUUUGAUGUAUUUGGUUUUGAGAUAUUGAGAGCGACACUUCGAGCCAGCAACUUGUGUCUAGGAUAAGACGUACAGACUUCUAUAAAAUGCUUGGCAAACGUCGGCGAAUGCUCAAAAAAGUUUGAAGAUGCAUGUACAACAUCGAAUAGUCCUUGUCAUAAGCCUUCUAGUCAUUUUAACAUGGGCCCACGGUCUGGAAGCCAAGAAGUUGAAUAAACAAAUAUGCCCCAUAGGCUUCAAAGUAGCUUACAACAGAGCCAAAGGAGAUCAUAUCUGCUAUAAACGGAAAGAACUCGAACCGUUCUCAGCAGUUUUAGAUGACUGCGACGGAAAUUUAUACUCAUCGAAAUUACACAAUUCUUUAGACAUAUUUAAACUGGAAUAUUCUGACAUACUAUGGUCUGAAUAUAAGUCAUUUUACCCUGGCGGGCCUUUUGUAAGUUGGUCGCGUAAUGACAGAGAAUGGAGUGUUGUCACCGAUGUCAACAACUACGACCCUUACAGUUUAAGAUAUGACAUAUCUCAAGAUCUCUGUUUGGCUGUCAAUAGGACAGGAGAAUAUAUUGCGGUGCAGUGUGAUGAUAAAUAUUACAGAUAUUGUUUCGUAAAGCCGUAUUCUGAUGUAGAUGAUAUGAGAAGAAAAGGCUGUGAAGGGUUCAGAGGGUCAUAUAGAUUCGUUAAUUCGAAAGACAUUUGUUUGUUGGGCGUCACCGGCGUUGGCGGGGGAACGGUGAGGGCGACAUGGAAUCAGUCCCAGGCGUUAUGCUCAAGGCACGGUGGAACAUUGUUGAGUCGAGGGUGGCAGUAUGCAAAUGUGCCCAUGUUCCAUAUAUCAGAUGUCUCUCCGACGUCGACGUACCCUUUGGGCAUAGUCUGGGAUCCCGAGAGGAAAGUUCUACGGUACGUGUCCGAAGACAAUGUUAUUGAGAAACCAUUUGAGAUGAGUUCAUGGAAUAGCACCGACGACACUAUGUUCAUAGCCAUUAAGGACGAAUCUUGGACGCCAGUGAACAGCUCGUACAUAUUUUUCGACGUUAUUUGCGAACAUUCCGUGCAACUAAGAAACCUCACGCUAACAUUGAGUGUAAACCCAGAUAACAAGAUAAUUUUAGAUGUAAAUGACUCUGUUGAUAAGGAUGACGUUCACUGUACCACGGACUCUGAGUCAUACAGACCAACUAAAGUGAAGAUUCAUCAUGAUGAUGACGAAGAUAACUAUGUCCUAUCACCAGCCACAGAUGGCUACUAUUGGUGUGAACACAUAGACAGAUAUAACUUCCAAAGUACACAAUCAAAUAAAGUCCUAUUCGUAAGAGAAAGAGAAUCACUUAUUAACUUAUACAGUGUUAAAAUAAAGCUGAUUAAUGAUAACUACACAUUCUCAAAUGCUGCUAAAAAGAAAGAAUUCUGGAUUGAUCAGUUGCAAGAGUACGUAUUUUAUAGGACGAAAUAUGUACAAAUGUUUGAUGUGGAGAAAAUACUUAAUCCUAUAGAGGCGCAGAAAAUUCUUCGUGAUUUCAAAGCAUCGCGAACGGAGCUACGUUGGCGAGAUAGCGAGGCUAUUUACAAUUCUGUUGUAAAGAGAUUAUACAUGAACAAAAAUACGGUAUUAUUACAUGUGGAGCUUAAUCCUGAGAUGAUACCAGUCACUCCAGGUUUCUGGGGGAAUAUAGAGGUAGUUGCAAUGAAGCCAGCUUACUAUUGCAAAGGAUUCGACUCUGUGCCGAGGUUAUCAAUUGGAGAAACUACCCUCACACGUGGUUGUCGCACAUACUCUUGCCUUGGCGACUUCAAUGAAGGAGUCCAAUGGUUGGAGACCGAAACUAAUGACUGCGUCCCUUCAUCGUCUGUCCCUAUGACCGUCACUAUCCUCAGUGACGUCACAAUGAAGAUGCCCACUUUAGGCACUCUACCUUCCACGACGACAAAGGAUGAAUACCUCGACAUUGUCGAAGAAGACGUGGAUGCUGAGGAUGUAUCAGAAUAUAAUCCAGAUGAUAUCAGAAAUGAGACGUUUACUACAGAAAGUUCUUAUGAGAAAAACGUCAUGACAGAAGAAACUGUUAGCGUAACAGACGAAUCAGGUGAAGAUGAGGAGGAAGCUACUACAUUCAUAACAACUAGACGUUAUCCCAUCUGGCCUCCGUAUACAACUGUACCAGUAACAGUAGUUGAUACUCCUCGGCCUACGACGGUGGAUCCACCUAUUACUGUCAAUCCAACGAUUACACCACCUCCUGAAACCACAACACCACCUCCUGAAACCACAACACCACCUUUAGCUCCAGAUGAGCAGUUGGAGCAGGUGAUACACGACCUGGAACAACUGCUCCAAGACGACUCUGUGCCUCUCACCGUCGACAUGGUCGACGAUGCUUUCGAUCAGGUGAACAGCAUCUUAGAAGUGGAAGACGACCUGACAAUUCCCGGGGACCUUCUCCACAUGUUGGACGAGCUCGGCAACAGGAUCAGCCUGAACGGCUCCCACACCGCGAGCGCCAUCCGUGGGAAUGUUGCUCUGUUAAUGGCCGAUGCUGCUCCGGACAAACCCGUCAGGGGCGUGAGGAUGGCUGUGAUGGACCCUAAUUCUGAUACCUUCACCAAUGAUACCUUUGACUUCAUAAAUAGUGAAAUAAACUCGACGCAGAUAGCGAGUAACAAGAGCGAGGCAGUGGUCUAUCUCCCUGAGUCCGUCACGAGCUCUCCUCGUCGGAUCAGCUUCGUGAUCUUCAGGAACGAGAGGGCCUUCAGAGGAAACCAGACUGUCGUGGUCAACAGCAGAAUUGUUAGCGUCAAUGUUGAGAACGUCACCGAAUUUGAGGAAGGGGAGUGCCCAUGUUGCGAUGAUGCGAGACAGGUUAAUUAUUUAGAGUGCAAAUGCUGUCAUUAUCGAAAACGUCGGGAAGCGCCAACACGAGAAUACCCACGAGAUCUAACAAAGCUAAAAGCGCCGCUGUUUGAUUACGAUAAUCGAAAAAUCAUAAAUGUGACUGAAACAUUGUUUGGAACUAGGUGUGUCUUGGGUAACUACGCAGUGGUGAAUCAAUCUACUGUUACAUUAUUUUCUAGACCUGGAGACGACAGGUUCUUGACGCACCCUCUCAAGGAAGAGUGGAAAUGCAGAGACGAAUCACCGUACAGUAUAUCGAAUUACAAUACAGAAUCAGGAGUAACCUUCCUGCAGGCAUAUGAAAGGAACUACACGUGGUCAACUUUCGGAACAUGUGGCUUAGAUUAUCCUGAAAAUGUUUACUGCUACUGUUGCCUACUGGACAACGAGAAUAAUCAGGUGGGCAACGGUGAACCCUUCGACUAUUGGGAUGAACUAUUCAAAAUAACACCCUUACCUAGUCACAUUCAGCUCAGACUGAAGGAUUAUUGGACGAAUGAAGCGGCCACAAGCCCGGAUAUAUCAAAUUAUGAUCAGUCGGUGUCAGAUUAUAUACAAAAUUUACAAAAUCUGACAUACCACCUGUUUGGACCUAAAUGUGACUUAGAUAACUUUGCAGUAGUCAAUCAGUCUAUUGCCACAUUAUUUUAUAGAUCAAAUAGCGGAGGGCUCUUGUCAAACCCCUUGUUUGGAGACUGGUUAUGUAAGGAAGAAACAGCACACAAUAUAAAGAUGUACAAUGCACAAUUAAAUGUAAGCUUCCUACAUACGUAUGUAAGAAAUUUCGAUUUGCCAGCAUUUGGGAUGUGCGAAGCAGAAUACAGUGAAAAUGUUUAUUGUUAUUGUUGCCUGAUCCCCCGUCAUAAGAGACAGGGUCCUAUUGAACCGAUUCGUUUCUGGGACAACCUAUAUGGAAUAACGCCUCUACCAACACAUAUUCAACGCAGAAUGAGGUAUUAUUGGAUGAACUCAGAGUUUGAUUCAGAAAAGGAAAUGAAUUACACGGAUGAAUUUUCUUUUAAUGAGACAACAACAAGCGCGGACUACCCUAAUGAAGAUUAUGAAGACUAUAAAGACUAUGCUAUGAACGAAUCAGACGGAGAUUUUUCAUACAUGGUUACAACAACUCUACAACCAACUGCAACAAAUACACCCACGCAACCAACUAUUAUAAAUCCAUCACUUCAGGUUGACCAAGAUAGGGUCUUAGAGGAACUGGAAGUAUUACUACAAGAAGAGUCUUCGAUACCAAUGACCAGCGUGGAAUAUGCUAUAAAUAAUGUGAAUAUUAUACUUAAUGGUAUUUCGAGGGGCCCAAUAUUACAGGUGGAUUCCCUAUUUGAAGACCAAAACGUGACCGUCAAGGGAGAACUUCUACAACAAUUGGAUCGUUUGGGCCCUAGGGUCGACCUUAAGGGGUCCCAGUCGGCCAUGAUAGUACGGGACAACCUUGCCGUGAUUGUAGUGGAUGGCAACCGUGAACAUCCUGUGAAUGGGCUCAGAAUCACCACGGACAGACAUGACGCGUUCAACACCGAUUGCUUCGAUUUGAUAACAGAUGACGACUACACCCAGUAUAUCACCAGCAAUGAAAGCGACGCCGUGGUCUCCCUUCCAUCUUACGUGACCUCUUCUAACAGCCGCAUAAGUUUCGUCAUAUUCCGCGAUGACCGUGCCUUUCAGCAUAUUUCAGGGAGACGAGACGCUCUUGUCAACAGCAGAAUCCUUAGUGUUAAUAUUGAAAACGUCACAAAAUUUGAAGAAGGGGUAAUAAGCCUUUAUCUGCGACCAAUAAAAUCUGACAUUGGACUCGACGUGAGAAGAGCUUGCGCGUAUUGGAAGUUCCUCGAUGAUGGUACAGGAUAUUGGUCUGAAGAUGGAUGUGUCUACGUGAAAUCAUCAAAUGGCGUCCUCGAUAUGUGCCAAUGCGACCAUAUGACGCAUUUUGCUGAAGUUAUCAUAGCUGUAAACAGAUUCUCCGAAGGAAACGAAAUAAUAUUGGAAAUUCUAUCAAUAACUGGUUGUUGUUUGUCUAUAAUAGGUAUUUUAUUAGUUGUCAUAACCGCUCUUGUGUUCCACUCCUGGCGGAAAGAAUUUAGUAACAAAAUUUGGCUUCAACUUUGUCUGGCUAUAUUCAUUUUCAACUGUUGCUUCUUGUUGAUAACUUUUAUAGAAUUCGAGCCAGAUAUUUGGUGCGUGACAACAGGAGUAAUAAUGCAUUACUCUUUACUUGUGUCGUUCUUUUGGAUGUUAAUAGCUGCUAUUGUAUCUUACGAGCGUCUAGUUUUAGUAUUCAAAAGGGAUAUAACACGAAAGCAUCUAAAAUCAUCUUUGUUAGCUUGGGGAAUUCCUCUGUUCAUAAUAGCUAUUCUAUUUUAUAUUAAUCCUGAGAGUUACGUGAAUAAAUUUGAGGAUACUUCACGUAAUUCGAGUUUCUGCUAUCCAUCUGGGUUAAGUUUAUGGUUGACGGUGUACUUACCGUUAACUUUUAUUUUGUUUAUAAAUUGGACGUUAUUCAUCCUAAUUUUACGUUCUAUGUUUGCUACUAAAAAAAUAAGGCGUCACGGAAAUUCUAAGGAUGCUUUAAGAUCAGCAGUUGUCAGCAGUCUGUUGGUAUUUUUGUUCGGUCUUCCAUGGAUAUUUGGUCUUAUAGCAUACAAUAUAAUAGCAGCUUACGUUUUCACUAUAAGUGCAUCGUUCCAAGGAUUUGUAUUGUUCUUUUUUUUUAUAGUAGCUAAUAAACAUACGAGAGAUUUAUGGAUUAGGAAAUUGAGGUCCGAUAAGGGACGCGUGCCUGUGUCAGUGGCUACUGGAAGUGUUUCAUUCGAGGCUGGUGGUUCGGAUAGGAUUGCUAGUUCAAAUAAGGCUAAGGCUUAUUCAGUGGAACUGCAUCCUUUUGGAGCAGUGAAAUUGAGAGAAUCAGAUGAGAUAAAAUCUCUUUUACAAAGAGGUGUUUUAUCGUCUAAGACAGAGUAUACUCGACCAGAUCAGAAACCAGACGAGUAUUAUGAAUAAUAUGAUUUAUUCAUAAUAAUCGUCUGGAUUAAUGAAUAUAUUCAUAUAAUAUUAUAUAUAUAAUUUACAUUGAUUUUUAUGUAGAGAUAUUCAAUUUUAUACAAAUAA